AUGUCACAACAACCACCCACCGUCGUCUCUCCAGCAGACGAACACCAAAGGCAACCACGAAAAGAGGAACGAGGUCCCAAACCACCAAAACAAAAGAAACGAAACCCCAUCACAGCCGCCGUCUACUCAUGGCUCCGAUUCCACUUCCAAGCCGUCUCCCUCAGCACCCUCUCUUCUUCUUCUUCAACAACCCCCGACCUCGAAAACAUCCGAGAUGAUGACCAACUCAAAGCCCUCCUCACCUCCUCAGCGCCCAAGCGAUGGGUAAUCUACGAGCCCAUGGUAUUGCUCCCUAGCGGAUCUUUCACCACCUCUCCGUGGCCUCAACUACUUGACUCCCUUUCUGCAGAAAUCACAUCUUCGUUGUGGGAUAGGAUUCUGACCAAUAUUACGAGAGAGGGGGCGUCCAAGGUGGAGUUGAGCAGGUUGGCUGUUAAUGAGGGGAUUCCUUUACACGAGGAAGAAGGGGAAGAAGAGAAUUUGCUGCGGUCGCCGUCAGGACUGAAAAUGUUGUACGGCGAUUUCGGCCCUGCGCUGUCACCAACUGCGCUACCGACGCCGCAAGAUUUUGACGAGGCGUUCUGGGUUUCAACCAAACAGAAUGGGAUCACCCAGAUCUGGGCGCCAAGGUAUACCAUGUUCUCGAGGGGAAACGUGAAGGAGAAGGCCAGGCUUUUGGAUUUUCACCGUCCCUCGCCCACAACCACUGGCGCAGCACCCGUCAACACCAACGCAGCAUCACCACCGCAACAACAACAACAAAACCUGACCUACCGGGUAAAAUUACCCGCCACCCUCAAAGACAAAUACGCCCUAGACCUCUACGCCGGCAUAGGAUACUUCGUCUUCUCCUACACCAAGCUGGGGAUGCGCGUGCUCUGCUGGGAGAUUAACCCGUGGAGCGUAGAGGGACUUCGGCGCGGGGCUUUGGCAAACAAGUGGACUGUCAAAGUGUUCCAGGGUACAGACCUGACUGGGAAAACGACUGUCCAGCUGUUGAAGGAGGCAGAUGCGGAGGGGGUGCAGAUCGUGGUGUUUCUGGAGGGGAAUGAAAGUGCGGGACGGAGGGUAAGGGAGCUCCGAGAAAAAGAGGGGAGGGAGUUGGAUGUGAUGCAUGUUAAUGGUGGCUUUUUGCCUAGCAGCGAGAAGAGCUGGAAGGAUUCAUGGGAGGCGGUGGUAGGGAAGGGUAAGGGGAAGGGCGAGGAGGCAGAGGGGUGGUUGCAUUUACAUGAGAAUGUGCAUGUGAAGGAUAUUCAAUCGCGCAGGGAAAAGAUCCAGGGGAUUAUGGAUGGGUGGAAUGCUGAGUUGGAUGAUGGCAAUGAAGAAGGGACAGAGACAAAGGCGGCGGUGGAGCAUGUAGAGCUCGUCAAGACGUUUGCGCCAGAUGUGUGGCAUUGCGUCUUUGAUGUAUACAUUACAAGGUGUUCUACCUCAAGUAGUAGUGGUAGUGGUAGUCGUCCAACAUGA